AUGGUGUUAAUUGUGGCGGCCGUGGGCGGGCGCCAUCCAUCAACGUCGCCGAGGCCACCCACCGCCGCAGCCGCUGCAGCCACGCCCGUCACUCAGCGGGCGGCGCGGCGUUCCUGCGCCACGGCGCGGCGGCCUGAGACGGCGAGCGCCUGGCGGUGUGAUUUAGGGUUGCAGACGGGGCUGACAGGCCGCACUUUGGCAGAAAGGCGAGGUGCGGCCGAGAGGCGGCUGACGCGCCGCUGCCCCGGGAGAUCUGGCCCCCGGCCCGCCACGCAGCCGCCCGCCUCACACCGCCAGACAGCCUGCUCUGCUCUGCUCUUGAUGUGGUCGCCUCGCCAGCUGCCCUCCGCCGCAUUAGCGUCUGCUACAUCCAGCACAGAUGCAGGCCGGCCAGAUCUGCCCACGUGGCUGACCAACGCCGAGCCGCGCCGCGUGUUCUGGUGGAGCGUGGAGCGUGCUGCGUGGAGCGCUAAUCUGGCGGCGGGGCGACAAGCGCCAGAUUACGCGACGCGUGCCGGCCCGGCGCGGCCUAACAAGCGACUACUGGCAGCCCGCGCUAAGCCCGACCCCCUGAUUCACGUGCUCACCGUGCGCCGCCCGGGCGGCUUCCCCACGAUUCAAUUUCAAAAGGCGGACAUUGGAGACGUCCGCCCGCGCUGCGGCAGUGAGUCAGCAUCGGCGGCGGCGGCGGCGGCGGCGGCGGCGGCGGCGGCAGCAGCAGCGGAGAUGUAUGGCGGUGUGACACGGCGAUCCGUCGCGCGCCAUUUAACUUGA